UCGACUAAUGAUUGGGGAAGCUCGCAUCGAAUCAAGUAUGCAACGCGACACUCGAUCCGUGGUCGCGUGCAACCGCACUCGUCACGGCUAUGACCACAAGUGAGAAGAUCGCUAACAGUGGGGACAAUUCUCCCGGAAUUUCGCGUCUCGGUCUACCGGCGUAUGAAUGGUGGCAGGAAGCGCUGCAUGGAGUGGCCGGGUCACCAGGUCUGCAAUUUGCAAACUCGGGGAAUUGGAGCUACGCAACUUCGUUUCCCCAGCCUAUCACAAUGGGCGCAGCUUUCGACAUGCCCAUGAUCGCCUCGGUAGCGACCGUAACCUCAACCGAAGCAAGGGCCUUUAGCAAUGGCGGGAAAACCGGGCUGAACUUCUGGACACCGAAUAUCAACCCCUUCCGAGAUCCCCGAUGGGGAAGAGGACAGGAAGUCCCCUCUGAGGAUCCUUAUCACGUCUCGCAGUAUGUGAUGCAACUGAUCCCUGCGCUUCAAGGCGGGCUCAACCCAGAACCAUAUUACAAGAUCGUUGCUACGUGUAAGCACUAUGCGGGAUACGACCUGGAGAACUGGCAUGGAAUAGCGCGGUACGGGUUCGAUGCCAAGAUAACGAUGCAGGAUCUCCAAGAUUAUUAUCUUCAACCGUUCCGAACGUGUGUUCGCGAUGCUAAUGUUCGCUCGAUCAUGUGUUCUUAUAAUGCGGUGAAUGGAGUUCCAACGUGCGCGGAUCCAUGGUUGCUACAGAAAGUUCUUCGAGAGCAUUACGGCUUUACUGAAUGGGUGACAGCUGACUGUGAUGCUAUACAAAACAUUUGGACCGAUCAUCAUUACGGAGGGAGCGCGGCAGGGGCUGCUGCAGCUGCGAUAAACGCCGGUACCGAUCUUGACUGCGGGUCAUUCUGGCCGCAGAAUCUUCAGGCUGCUUACAAUCAGCGAUUGUUCAAUGACACCAUACUCAACCGGUCUCUAAUACGUCGCUAUGCGUCCAUGGUUAAGUUGGGCUGGUUUGACGCCGCUGCUAAGCAACCGUAUCGGCAAAUAGCCUGGGCUGAUGUGGCAAAGCCAGAUGCAAAGGAGUUGGCGUUACGUGCCGCGCAGGAAGGCCUCGUACUGCUGAAGAAUAGCGGUACUAAUAAGCUGCCAUUGUCUACAACGACGACGAAACGUGUAGCCGUCGUUGGCCCACUCGCGAACGCGACAACUCAAAUGCAGGGGAACUAUUACGGCAGAGCGCAAAGCAUAUCGACCAUUUUCAAUUCCCUCAAGGCGGCUGGCUUCGAGGUCACGUACACACAAGGCUGCGCAAUUACGGGCACAUCGACAUCCGGAUUCGCCGCAGCUGUGAAUCUGGCGAAGAGUGCAGACGCCACUAUUUACGUCGGCGGUAUAGACAAUUCAGUUGAGUCAGAAACCAGAGACCGAGAGCAGAUCACAUGGACCGGCGCUCAGUUAUCCCUGAUCCAGCAACUGGCAGCGGCCACGGGCGAUAAGCCGUUUAUUGUUGUUCAUAUGGGUACCAUGGUCGAUAGCUCGGCCCUCGUGUCCGAGAAGAACGUCAACGGGUUGCUCUGGGCGGGCUACCCUGGGCAAGACGGAGGCAAAGCUGUCGUCAAUGUGCUAACUGGUGCCUUUUCUCCCGCUGGGCGAUUGCCCAUCACGCAAUACCCUAGUGAUUAUGUCAACCAGGUCGAUAUGACGAAUAUGAACUUACAGCCUGGAAGUGGAAAUCCUGGACGCACAUACAAGUGGUACUCCAAGUCACCGGUUUUCUCUUUCGGAUAUGGAUUGCACUACACCAGCUUCAACGUCUCACUCCCAGCAGACUUGCCAAAGACAUUCACGACAACAGAUCUAACGGGCGGCAAGGGCCAUGAAGGAUCCCCAUUAGACCUUUGGCCACUAACUUCGGUUCCAGUAUCGGUCACGAACACAGGGAAUGCCACUUCUGACUAUGUGGUGCUCGCCUUUCUGAAGGGCGAGUAUGGGCCUACACCGUAUCCCAAUAAGAGCCUGGUGGCUUUUAUAAGACUGCAUGAUAUCAAGCCUGGUGAUACUGCUACCGGGAAGCUUGACAUCAAAAUUGGAAGUGUUGCGCGAAGUGACGCCAAUGGGGCACUGACACUAUACCCUGCAAAAUACAAAUUAGUAUUGGACGUUGAUGAUCGUACAAGCUGGGAUUUCGAGAUCACAGGUAAUGCGACGGUGUUGGAUAAACUGCCAGCGAAGUAGAGUGGAUAUAUCUGAAUGACUAGCUGGGAAUACAAUGGGUUGAAGGGGUACAGAAUGCGUCUACUCUAUAUACCGCUCUGACUUUGAAAAGCUGUAGCUCUGGUUUAUCUUAACCAUUUAUACACCCAUGGAAUACUGAUUGUUAUCUUGGCUUUGACCUUCGCUGUCGACGCGACAGAGACGGUACCCAACUUGCUCCCAUCGAUCGUUACCAACACAUGGGUUGCACCAGAGGACAUCUUCUGGGUCAACUGCCCUUUUGAUUUCGAGGAGCCGCUCGUAAUUCUCUCCCCAAAACGUAUGUUGCCAAUCCGGCUCGUAAGGGUAAUUCUAAUAAUCCUU